AUGCACAAUCCAGGAAACUUCAACAAUAACCAGGUGGAUACUAUGACCGAGAAGCGGGUUGCGUCAGCGAGUGUGAGCGCUCAUGUGAAGCCCCGCAUCAUCAUCCAUGGUGGUGCGGGCAAUCUAACGCGCACCUCGAUACCCCGUGAUCGUUACGAUGAAUACCGCGCCUCGCUUCUAAACAUCUUGGAGAAAGCGGAGGGCCUUCUCCGCAAACCAGGAUCGACAGCGCUGGAUGUCGCAACCUACGCCGUCACGCUUUUGGAAGAUGACCCGCUUUACAAUUCCGGCAAAGGCGCGGUCUUCACGCGCGAAGGCAAGAACGAACUCGAAUGCAGCAUCAUGGUUUCGAACGGCUACAAGAAACGAGGCGUCGGAUGUAUGCUGCUCAGCCACGUCAAGAACCCCAUCAAGCUGGCGAGAGAGUUGCUCAUCAAAGGUGAAGAAGCAGACGGCGGUGGUGCAGCCGACCACUGCCAGUAUAGCGGAGAGUUCGUAGAGGGACUCGCCAAGAACUGGGGGCUUGACAUCGUUGACCCAAGCUACUUCUUCACCCAGAAGAGAUGGGAUGAGCAUCAACGCGGACUCGCGGAAGAGGCGAAGAAGGCGCAUAUGGGCGUCAGCGUCGAAGCCAUGAGCGACUGGGAGAGGGAUAAUUACAUUCCGCUUGGAACGUGUGGCGCGGUCGUUGUUGACAGCUUCGGUACCGUCUGCACGGCAACAUCGACGGGUGGGCUGACGAACAAAGUUCCUGGGCGCAUUGGAGAUACGCCGACCAUCGGUGCAGGGUUCUGGGCUGAGGAGUGGCACGACGAGAAGGCUGCUGGACCGCAGAUGUUGUACCAGCCUGCUGCCCGCGUCGCGUCGCCGAUCGACAAACUAUCACGAGGCGAUAUACGGGGGAUAGUGGGCGACUGUCUACCUUUGCUUGGAUCACCCUCGAUACGGGCAACUACAUCAUCGCCAGCACAGCCAUACGAGAAGCCCGUGUCGACGCGCCACGCCGUGGGUCUAUCAGGGACAGGCAACGGCGACUCGUUCCUUCGCACGUGCGCGGCUCGCACUACAGCUGCCAGAUCAAGGUUCUCGGGCUCAUCGCUUUCCAGCGCAACAACGUGGAUGGCAGGGCCUGACGGUGAGCUUCAGCGAUCAGCUGGAGACCGUUGGGGCGCAACCCAUGAAGGCACCGGCGGUAUCAUCGGCAUAGAAGUUAUCGGCAGCAAGGCCACAGUUGUGCAAGGUUUCAAUUGCGGAGGCAUGUUCAGAGCAUGGACGGAUGACGAUGGCAGUGCAAAAUGUCUGGUGUUCAGGGAAGAUGGCUGGGAAAGUGGGCCAAAGAAUUGGGAUGAUCGUCGAACGCAUUGA